AUUCAGGAGCUGUCUUCACAAACACACAGAGACUAAGAACAUCUUUUUGAUUGUGUCGUGAUUUCUACAGAUACAGUGAAAUGGCAGAAACCAAUAUUUCAGUGGCUCCGUAUCAGUUCUGCUGUCCAGUGUGUCUGGAUCUCCUCAAGGAUCCAGUGACCAUUCCCUGUGGACACAGUUACUGUAUGAACUGUAUUACAGACUGCUUUAAUGAAGAUCAUAAUACAGGGAUAUACAAAUGCCCUCAGUGCAGACAGACCUUCAAUCCAAGACCUGCUUUAUGUAAAAAUGUGAUGUUUGCUGAAAUGGUGGAGAAACUGAAGAAGACGAGAAUCCAAGAGACUCCCUGUUACGCUGGUGCUGCAGAUGUGGAUUGUGAUGUCUGUACUGGAAGAAAACAGAAAGCGGUCAAGUCCUGUCUGGUGUGUCUCAACUCUUACUGUCAAAAUCAUCUUGAACAACAUGAAAAUCUGUUCAAGACUAAGAGACACAACUUGACUGAUGCCACUGGACGACUCCAGCAGAUGAUCUGCCCUCGACAUGAUAAAAUGCUGGAAAUUUACUGCCGCACUGACCAGAAGUGUAUUUGUAUUCUGUGUAUGGUGGAUGAACACAAGAACCACGACAGUGUAUCAGCUGCAGCAGCGAGAACUGAGAAACAGAUACAUUUUGAGGAAACACAAAUUAAACUCCAGAAGAGAAUCCUGCAGAAAGAGAAAGAUGUUCAGGAUCUGAGUGAGGCUGUGAUGUUUCACAAGCACUCUGCACAGACAGCAGUGGAGGACUGUGAGCUGAUCUUCACUGAGUUGAUCUCAUCCAUUGAGAGAAGGCGCUCUGAGGUGACACAGCUGAUCAGAGAUCAGGAAAAGGCUGCAGUGAGUCGAGCUGAAGAUCUCUUGGAGCAACUGGAGCAGGAGAUUGAUGAUCUGAGGAGGAGAAAUGCAGAGAUGCAGCAGCUUUCACACACUGAUGAUCACAUUCAUUUCCUUCAGAGUUUCCAGUCACUCUCUGUGCCUCCUGGAUCAACAGACAACAUCAAUGUCACUUCUCAUCUCUCUUAUGAUCAUGUAGUGAAAUCUGUCUCACAACUCAGAGACAAAUUGGAGCAGUUCUGUACAGAGGAGACCGAGAAGAUAUCUGCUAUAGUUAAAACUACCCAGAUCAAUUUCGCACCUGAAAAUGAGACCAGGAAGGAGUUCCUACAAUAUUACCGUCCGUUCACUCUGGAUCCAAACACAGUGCAUAAACAUUUUAAUCUGUCUAAAGAGAACACCAAGGCUUCUUACACUAAAGCAGUUCAGCCGUAUCCUGAUCAUCCAGACAGAUUUGAUUAUUGGUGGCAGGUGUUGUGUAGCGAGAGUUUGGAUGGACGCUGUUACUGGGAAGUGGAGUGGAGUGCGAAUGAAGGUGCUUGUGUGGGUAUCGCAGUGACAUAUAAAAACAUCUGCAGGAAGGGACAGCAUAACAAGUGUUUGACUGGACGUAAUGAACUGUCCUGGAAAUUAUCCUGCUCUAGCUCCAGAUACAGAUUCUGGCACAAUAAUAUUAAGACUGAACUGCCUGAAGUAUUCCCCAACUCCAGAAGAAUAGGAGUGUAUGUAGAUCACAAAGCAGGAAUUCUGUCCUUCUACAGCGUCUCUGACACAAUGAGCCUCAUUCACAGAGUCCAGACCACAUUCACUCAACCUCUGUAUCCUGUGUUCGGACUAGAUAAAAACACAGCUGUGAAACUGUGCCUUCUAAAAGCAUAAAUUAUAAAGAUAUAUAAUCCGUACAGUAACUCGGGUCCUUCUGGAAACCUAUGUACAGUCUUAGGGGUGUCAAUUAGUUAAAAUUUGUAAUCAGAUUAAUUAAACGACAUGCAGAUUAAUUGAUCAAAUUAACUGCAAUUAAUUGCAUAUAGCAUAUUUUGUUGAGAAAGCCCCCCAAAUAAAGAUAAUUCAAUAUAAAUAAUACAUAAUAGUUCCAAUAUUUGUACAUAUCAUCACUGUCCGAUGAAAAACUCGUGUCUCAAGAAUUAAAUUUUUUCAAGAGCAUAGAAAAACCCUUUUUCUCAUAAAUAACUUUACAAAAUGAAUCGAAAAUAACACAGUUAGUCACUUAUUUUUGUCUACGAAUGUGGACAUACACUGUUUCUUAUCAUGGGUUUCAAUUACAGAUUUGAGUCUAAGGGCGAUUUACACUUCUGUGUCAAAUUCGUCACUUGCUACAUUCAGCACUUGCAAUUUAUGCGCUUAUGCUCUUUUAAUCCUAAACUGGAUCAGUGGGUGACACACAGCUGUCCCAAAGCAUACAAAGCAGUUCUUUUGCCCAUUUCUGACGAUUAAGUGAAUCAUUCACACCAAUAAUGGUGACAAGAAAAAGUUAGAAUAUUAGGGGUCAAAAUAUUUUUUUUCACUAAAUUAGUUUAAAAAUAAAUAAAUAAAUAAAAUGUGCUUCAUGUGGUAACAUCUAAACGAACUUUUUUUUU